AAGGUUUCGACUCCCGUACUAUCAUGGUUGGUCAUGUUUGGGUGAACCUCUCCCAAUCACGCAGUGGAAUUAGUUGGACUGUACGAUAAUCAGUCCACGGGCCCAGAUACCCAUUAUGUUGACAAAAAAAAAAAAAAAAUAACAUUCAUCAAACCCUUGACUUAGCAUCAGUAUAUCAGCAUUCCUAUCCUUGAGCUUAUCAACCAUCUGUUUACAAUCAGAUUGGAUCACCACUUUGUUCCAGCGCCUCUGCUUUGCCUUGAUACAGCUUUUUGAUUGCUAAGGCUUCCUCCACUGUUGGGUUUCCGUCCCUCCUUUCACCUCCUGCCCAAGCUCCAACUAUCUUUCCAUCCUCCCUUCUGGCCACUACCCCCCCCCCCCCCCCAAGCCUAUUCUUCUUUCCUUUUGCUCCAAAGCUGCAUCAGAGUUUAACUUGAUAACCCCCUGUGGGGGUGGAUACCAUCUACUCGAUUCUGCCACUUGUUUUUUCCCAUUUUCCUCUGUUUUGUCCUCUCCAACUGCCACUCGAUUCUGCCACCGCCGCCGUCGCCGAGGCUGCUCUUGCUGCCGCUCAGGCAGCUGCAGAGGUCGUCAGGCUGGAACUGUUUCCUUUACUCCUCCGGGCAGCAGUGGCAGAGACUGGCGGCAAGAAGUGGCGGCUAUUGGGAUUCAGUCGGCUUUCAGAGCUUACCUGGGAUUCUGUAAAGUCUUCACUUUGCAGCACAAUCAGUGCUAGAUCUGCGCAGAGAACAGCAUUAAUGAUAUCACAGUGACGUGCAGAAUCAGCCGGUUAUGCCGUUAUUUUUGUGACUUUGAGGGGUGUUUUGGUCUUUUGGCAUUGGAUGGCAAUGGUUUGAUGGAAAUUCACUUCUGUCCGCGUGGGCCUCUUGGGCGUGGGCCUCUUGGAUGGGAACAUUUUGGCGGUCAACAAUUUCCUCUCUUUCGGUUCUUGGUUUUCUUUACCUCAGCUGUCCAGGCAAUUUAGGUGGUGAGUUGUGCCGAAUCCAGUGCGCACCGCUUCAGAGUUUUGGGAGCUGCUACUUUUUCUUAUACUUUUGCCGGUCUUGUUUCCUCUUGUUCUUUAUCAGCUGUGUUUUUUCCGUUCCUCAUUCUUCUUCUUAGCUUUUCUCUGGCCAGUGUCUUUUCCUUCCCUUGUUUUCCUAUUACCAGGUCCUACCUACCUGACGCAUAGGGUCAGGGCAGAAUACUUAGUAAAUAAUAAUGUGGUCAAGUUCUUGAAGAUUUUUCCCACCUUUCAGCUUUUUACAGCUGAUGCACCUAAAAUUAACAGUUUCAAUGAUGGGGGUGAUGCGCCCUCUUUCAGUCUUUAUCUGGAAGUUCGUACUAUUCUCACAAGCCAAAAACCACACACACACACUCAGCACCGUCUUUCAGCUGUAUAUGCAUCCAUCAAGAUAACCUCUGUUUGAAUCCUGGGGGAGUCACAAACUAUUGCCAUUAAAGAAGCUGCAAUGGGAACUUUGACAGCUACUUCCCUUUCAUCAGCAUCAUCGCUCCUUAAUUUGAUCCCAAGAAGACCCUUUGGAACAAAGAUUAAAAAUCCAAUCUUGCAUAAUCCGUUUAGCUAUCAACACCCCACCAAUUCACAUCUCCCUUCAUAUCAGUUCAAGAAAGCAAAAUUCGAGCUUUCCACAGCCAUCUCUUCCACUGAUACCAUGCCAGCAGCUGAUCAAUCAUCCAAAGACGCUUCGUUUGGUCAACAAACUGAUACUUCAGAAAAAGAAGAGAAAUUUGAUUGGUAUGCACAAUGGUAUCCUGUGAUACCUGUUUGUGAUCUUGACAAAAGGAGGCCACUUGGGAAGAAAGUGAUGGGAAUUGAUAUUCUUGUGUGGUGGGAUAGGAAUGAGAAUGAGUGGAAGGUGUUUGAUGAUACUUGUCCUCAUAGGUUGGCUCCUUUGUCUGAAGGAAGGAUUGAUCAGUGGGGCAGGUGGCAGUGUGUUUAUCAUGGUUGGUGCUUUGGUGGUUCUGGCGAUUGCAAAUUCAUUCCUCAGGCACCCGUGAUGGUCCUCCGAUACAUCAAGUCUAAACAUGCAAAUCUUGCCAUUUCCAUUGUACCUAAACCAAAGCAUGAUGGAUUGACAUUUUGCUUGGAAGUUCAGAUCCAUACUUCGAGCAAAGCAUGUGUAGCUGCAUAUCCAAGUUGUGUGCUAAAUGGCAUUCUUUGGUUUUGGCCUAAUGCUGAUAGUCAGUACAAAGACAUAUUUUCGAAGGAAAAGCCUCCAUACAGCCCGGAAAUUGAUGAUCCAUCCUUUACCAGUCGGAUGAUCACUAGAGAUAUACCAUAUGGGUACGAGAUUCUGAUUGAAAAUCUUAUGGACCCUUCUCAUGUUCCAUAUGCACAUUAUGGCAUACUGAAAGUCCCACGGUCGUCAGAGAGUGUUGAGGCUGACAGGGAAGGAGGGAGACCACUUGAGAUAAGGGUAAAGACAUUAGACGUAAAGGGUUUCACUGCAAAAUCAUCGACAGCUUCAGAUCAAUAUUUAUUUCACCUUGUCUUUUUUAUUCCUGGCCAUUAGGAGGUACUCUAGAGAAUGUAACUACUUCACCAUCUGGAACUACAGAGGUAAUAUUAUUACCAAUCAAUUACCUCUGUAGUUCCAGAUAGUGAAGUAGUUACAUUCUCUAGAGUACCUCCUAAUGACCAGGAAUAAAAAAGACAAGGUGGAGUAAAUAUGCGAUCUGAAACUGUCGAUAUUACCAAAGCUUCCAUUUUCAUGAUUAUGAUCACGCAUCGCGCUGAGAUACAUCUGUCAGCUACUUAACCAGAGCUUUAGAUGAAAGAGAUGACAGGAAAAAUAUUCAUCAGUGUCUUUGUACGUGUAUCACUUAGAAGCAUUUAGAUACAUAAUUCUAAGUACACACAUUCACGUAGAGUCUGGAGCAGACAUUAAUAAGAAAGACUAAAGGUUUUUGUAUCUUCCUGUAAUUUAAUUUCUAGAUUAUAUGGCUAUACGUUGUGCAGAAUUUCCUCUA